CAUGGAACACGUUGUUUAUCCUCUUUGACUGAGACAGUUGGAGAAGUUUGAAACAAGCAUGGAAAACUCGUCUGAUUCCCCUGCGCAUGACCGGAAUCCCUCCCCACCCCCAGAGCUCAGGCAGAACAAAGAGUUAGACUUGGCCGACAAUGUCGGGCAGUCUGCUUUCAGCAAACACUGGAUCUUUUCCACUCUGAUGAAGUUGAUUCAGGAAGUGGACAGUGAAAGUGAGAAGUUAGAAGCAGAUCUAUGUGAACUGGGUAUUGAUGUGAGUGAAGAUCUGCAGAAUGAGCUCUGUGAACUCUGGGACAUGUCCAUGAACAAAGAUGUUGCAGAGUUUCUGCAUGAGUUUAAAGCCAUGGACAUACUGGGUGGUGUAAUCAGAAAAUCUAAGGCUCCUAGAGUUGUGGAAAUCUGUGUUGGUAUUCUGGGGAACAUGGUGUGCUGCGACAAAGUCUGUAUUGCUAUAUCAAACAAUUCUGUUCUUGUAGAGGUGUUGCUAGCACUAAUGGACAGCCGGGAUCCACAGACGCUGGUGGAGACAUUCAGAUUGUGUUAUGUAUGCUUGUGUAAUAGCAGUGUGUCUGACAUUUGGCUGAAGGCUGUCAAAGAUCGUCUAGACUCACAGACAAACAUCAAGUUCCUCCUCCAAAGUUCCACAAACGGGGAUUUGCUGAAGAAGACGGCUUACUUUCUGGACAAACUGUUAGAGCUGGAUGAUGAUCUGUGUUGUGAAUGGGCCACACAGGAGAUGGUGCAGGCUCUCCUGGAGGGGGUACAUCAGAUAGGGUAUAGUCAGAGUGAAGAACUGGAAGUCUUUCUUCAUGUGUUUGAACUCAUAUCCACUACAGAGACUGGUGUAGAGGCCUUGGUGUCCGAGUACGAGAAGGCAGAGGUACCCCUGAAGAAGUAUCUGGCAGGGGUUUGUGAGUAUGAGAUUGUGGGAUUGGAGGGUCAAGAACGCUCCUUAUGCUCCUCACUCGCUGUGCUCAAUGUCAUCUUCUCUGCCUCAACAGAUAUCGCUAACAGUAUUAUACAAGAUAAACAAAAUAUGAGAUACCUCCUAAAAAUAUUAGAACCACUGUCAUCAAGAAUACAGCAGAUAAAAGUACCCCAUUCAGCUGAUGAUAACUGUGUCAAAGAGCAGAAGAGUUCAUCGUCAGAAAACGAUGAGCCCACCCUUGCCCCAAAGGAGACCACUUCUGAGACAAAUGGUAACCCAGGGAGUGGGGAACCAGCUGAUCAUGACAAGGAAGGGACGGAAAAACAUUCACCCCAGGAGAAAGAAGAUAAGACAACAUCAGACAAUACGGACACAGACAACAAAUAUUUCUUGUUGUUGUUUGAGAUCAUUCAGGGACUCCUUCAGGAUAUUGUGUGCUACCUCCAUUCCAUUAUGCCAGAGCAGGUAGCAGACGAAGGGGAGAUAACUGUUCCUCCAGUUUUGAUGUAUCUGAACAAAAUGUGCUCAAGAGAGAGAGUUAAGUGUUUAAUUACCGCAUUAGAGGAAGCUACAGAUCCGGACAGUGAGGAUGAAACAGACUCUGUGGUGAUGCUGUCUAACUUAGCUCAACGCUACAAGCUCCGCAGACUUUCAGAUAUCAUAGACAAUGUUCCAUGGAAAAGCGACACAGUCCGUAAAUCAGAAUCUGGGCCUUAAAGCUGCCUACGUUUGGUGUCUCUCAGAUAUCAUAGACAGUGUUCCAUGCAGAAGUGACACAGUCCGUAAAUCAAAAUCUGGGCCUUAAAGUUGCCUAGUUUAGGUGCUUUCAGAUACCAUAGACAAUGCUCGACGGAGAAGCAACAUAGUCUGUAAAUCGGAAUCUGGAUCACAAAGUUGCCUAGGUCUUGUGUCUUUCAGAUACCACAGACAAUGUUCGACAGAGCAGUGACACAGUCUGUAAAUCGGAAUCUGUAUCAUCUGUUACCCAAGUCUGGUGUCUCUCAGAUAUCAUAGACAGUGUUUCCUGGAGACGUGACAUGAGGAGUUAGACAAUGUAUAAAGCAGAAUCUGCAACUUAAAUGGAAAAAUCUUUUGUCUCUCAGAUAUCAUAGACAAUGUCCUGAGGAGGAUUGAAACACUCUGGCUGUCAGAACAUAUCUCACAUGUCGCUGACAGUUCCACUGAGGAGAAUGUGUGUCUGGUCAUCAAAAUGUGCAAAAGUUGCAAGAGGCAGUCUUCCCAGAGGAGAAGACAACUUUGAAUGUCUACCAUACAUUAAUUGAUGUUCCUGUCUAGAUAUGGGAGGUAAAACUCCAAGGAAAAAGUGUCUCUGGGAGAAUUUAUCUGUUAGUCAGAUCUGAUAUAUGUGGGUUAUCAGGUCUGGAGACUCGUUGGUAUGGCAAUAUUCUGUGAAAUAAGACUAAACUAUAUAAAUACAUUUUAUUAUGCCAUUUUCAGGGAAUAAAUCAAAUAGAGAUGAUUGAGCACAUCAUUAGUGUUGGCUCUAGUAAGGGUUCAGUGUUGGAAAUCACAAUCUGAUCAAGUACUGGUCUGUUCAUCCAAACCUUGGUGAUAACGAUGGCAAUGCAUCUUAGAUCAUGCAUCAUCACUGUGAUAUUGUAGCCUAUUCCAAAAUAGCAGACCAACAAUUUUAUACAGAUUGUUAGUUUGUUUUGUAGUUACACAUCGUUUACAUUUUGAAAUCAUUUAAAUUUCCUGAGUAUAGUUAGUUACCUAUAAUUUCUAAACAAUCACACUGUUGCAUUGGUGAAAAAAACCAUGUAAAAUUGUACAUGAUUUACAUUUUUUGCAAUAACCAGUGACCUUUUUAUGCUAUAGUGCACAAAACAUGGGGAUUAGUUUGUGAAAAGUCCACGUGUCUCUUAAUUUAGAUGAUUGUGCCUGAAACCAACAGACUGGCAGUGAAGUAAGCAUGAGUAUAAAAACUGAGGUAAGAUGCUGUAUUGAAGUGAAAACUAGGGCAUUCCACAAAGUAUUGCAUUCUGUUGUGUAAAGGGAAACACUGGUAUAUGCACGUAUAGUUUGGGCACAUCUGAGAAGCAUCAUUCUGUUGAUAAUAAAACACAUCCUUUAUGCAUGCUUUCUUGCAUCAUUUGUCAGGUUCAUGCAUUUUUUUGUCAUGCAUUAUUUAACUUGGUGGGGUUCACGCAUUAUUUCUCUGUCAUGUUCAUACAUUCUUUUCAGGUUCAUAUGGCAUGUCUGCUAGUGUGCAUUUGUGUAAAAUCACAAAGGCUUUUUAUGCAUGGAUGGGUGUAUUUGUGCUUUUAACACACACACACACAUGUAUAUACAUUGUGUGCAUGUGAUGUGUGCUGCUCAUGAUGUUUGUGUUCUGUAAUUAUGCCUAUUGUUAGCAUUACUUGUGAUUCAUGAUGUGCAAGAGUCAAUAUUAUGUGUAUAUUAAGCAUAUAUGUUUAGUACAAAAAUAGCAAACUUUUGUAUUAUGUCUGCACUUACAUGCUAUAAUUGUUCCAUGUUAAAACUGGCUCUGUAUGCACAGGUCUGCAUUUGAUCCUUAAUGAUACACCUAUAGCAGUAUGUGUAUAGGGGCAGUAUGUGUGUCCAGGAAUCCCUGUCUUACAUCUAUAAUGUACAGGGCAUAAGGUUCUGUAUUUGAUCCUUGAUGACACACCUAAAGCAGUAUGUGUACAGGGGCAGUAUGUGUGUCCAGGAAUCCCUGUCUUACAUCUAUAAUGUA